AUGGCGAAUGGAGGUUUCUGUUUCCAAAUGCUGAUGGUCACAAAGAACAACUAUGACAAUUGGAGUAUCAAGAUGAAGGCGCUACUAGGAGCUCAAGAUAUGUGGGAUAUCGUUGAGAAAGGCUUCAAGAAGCGAGAUGAAGCCUUGCUAAGCCAAGGUCAAUCGGUGGAUGAAGUUACAUUUGAGAAGAUCUCCAAUGCAACGACGACCAAAGAAGCAUGGGACAAGCUUCAAACUUGCAACAAAGGAGUGGAACAGGUGAACAAGAUUCGUCUUCAAACUCUUAGAGGUGAUCUUGAACGUUUAUUUAUGGUAGAGACUGAGUUAAUUUCUAAUUUUUUUUGUCGAGUAUUGGCCGUAGUCAAUCAACUCAAAAGAAAUGGUGAAGAUGUUGAUGAGGUGAAAGUCAUGGAGAAAAUGUUUCGCACUUUAGAUCCAAAUUUUAACUUCAUUGUUACCAACAUUGAAGAAAAAGGGGAUUUAAAGAGCAUGACUAUUGAGCAACUCAUGGAUUCCUUACAAGCAUACGAAGAAAAACAAAAGAGAAUUUUUUUUAAAAAGGAGGUUAUGGAGCAACUACUACAACUCAAUGUAAAGGAAGCAAACUAUGUGAAUUACAAGAUCCAAAGAGGACGAGGUCGUGGCCAAGAUCGUGGGCGUGGAAGAGGACAUGGAUGA